AUGCCGGUCGUCAAGGGAGGAGUGUGGACCAACAUUGAGGACGAGAUCCUCAAGGCCUCCGUGUCCAAGUAUGGCCUCAACCAGUGGGCACGCGUCUCGUCGCUGCUGGCGCGCAAGACGCCCAAGCAGUGCAAGGCCCGGUGGAGCGAGUGGCUAGACCCCGGCAUAAAGAAGAUUGAAUGGAGCAAGGAGGAGGAUGAGAAGCUUCUGCACCUCGCCAAGAUUAUGCCCACCCAGUGGCGCACGAUCGCCCCCAUCAUCGGCCGCACCGCCAACCAGUGCCUCGAGCGCUACCAGAGGCUGCUCGACGAGGCCGAGGCCCGUGAGUCCUCUGACCUGGGGCUGGCCGGUCCCGAAGGAGGGGAGACGCAGGCCCCCAGCGCCGACGACGUGCGCCGACUGCGCCCCGGAGAACUCGACCCCGACCCCGAGACGAAGCCUGCCCGCCCCGACACCAUCGACCUCGACGAGGAUGAGAAGGAGAUGCUGAGCGAGGCCCGCGCCCGCCUGGCCAACACGCAGGGAAAGAAGGCGAAGCGCAAGGCCCGCGAGCGCCAGCAGGAGGAGUCCCGCCGCCUGGCCAACCUCCAGAAGAGGAGGGAGCUCAAGGCGUCCGGCAUCAACAUCAAGGUUACCAACCGCAAGAAGGGCGAGAUGGACUACAAUGCCGACAUCCCCUUUGAGAGGGCGCCCAUGCCCGGCUUUCACGACACAUCCGAGGAGGUUGUCCUCAACGAGCGGCAGCGCAAAAUGCACGACCCGGCCAAGCAGCAGCUCGUCAGCAAGCGCAAGGGCGACGGGGACGAGGACGGCGACCGGAAGCGACGCAAGAACGAAAAGGACGGACUGUCCGACUCACAAAAGGCCGCCAUCAAGGCCGGUCAGAUGCAGAAGCUCCGCGAGGCCGAGCACGUUGGCAAGCGUCGUCCCCUGAAUCUGCCCACGCCCCAAGUCGGCGAGGGUGAGCUUGACGAGAUCAUCAAGAUGGGCAAGAUGGGCGAGGCGGCCAACACCAUGGCAAACGCCAGCGACAACGACGCAACACGGGGUCUGGUCAAUUCGUAUUCGACGCUCAACUCCAGCGCCCCGAUCCGCACUCCCAGGGCCGCGCCGCAGGACGACUUCGUCACCAACGAGAUCCGCAACAUCCGUGCGCUCAACGACACACAGUCUGCCCUGCUCGGCGGGGAGAACACGCCGCUACACCAGGGCCAGGGCUCGACGGGCUUCGAGGGAGCGACGCCGCGCAGGCACGAAAUCUCGACGCCGAACCCGAUGGCGACACCUCUGCGACAGGGUGUCAACGGCGGAGUAGGGGCCACCCCGGGACGACCGGGACAGACCCCCCUACGGACUCCGCGCGAUGCCUACGCCCUCAACGAUGACGACGGCUCGUUCAACGCAGCGGCCACCCCGCGCGACAUCCGCAUGCGCGAGAAGGGCAUCAAGGGCCAGCUGCGGUCGGGACUGGCGUCGCUGCCCAAGCCCAAGGACACAGAGUGGGAGUUUGAGGUGCCAGACGAGCAGGACGAAGCGGCUACAGGGUCUCGGGAGCUGACGGAGGAGGACGCCGCAGAACGAGACAGGCGGCUGCGCGAGCGGCGCGAGGCCGAGGAGGCCCUAGAGCGCCGGCGGCGCACGCAGGUGAUGCAGCGCGAACUGCCUCGCCCAUCAGUGGUGGACAUCACGGCCCUGACGGAGCACGCCAAUGCCAUCCGCGACCCGGCGUCGGCCCUCAUCGCCAAGGAGGCCGUCGCGCUCAUGGCCCAGGACGCCGCCCUCUACCCCGUCCCGGGCAUGCAGGUCAAGGGCAGUCAGGGCGGCAAGCUGCCCACCAUCGACGACCACUCGCUCGCCAACGCCCGUCUCAUGAUCCUCUCCGAGACGAGGCCCAUACCCCCCUUGGAAGAUAUCCAGGUCAUGUUUGAGAAGCGCGCCGGUAGUGCCACGCUCCUAGGACUCGGAUGUUACACGGAUGAUGAAGAGCAACAAAAGAUUGUCGCCAAGGCAGCCUUUGAGUCCGUCCAAGAUUCCAUCAUGACGUCGGCCGAGCAAGGAGCCAAGCUGGAGAAGAAGCUAGCCCUCCACCUAGGCGGGUAUCAGAAGCGGCAGAAGAUGCUGCGGAGCAAGAUGAUCGAGGCAGACGACGCGCUGUGCAAGGCACGCGAUGCCCUGGCCGGCUUCCAAGCACUGGCCGUGUCAGAGGACGUGGCGAUCCAGAGACGACUGGGCGCCCUCAGAGACGAGGUGUCGGCCGUGACCACACGAGAGAGGCAGGCGCAGGACGAGUAUCGCCGGGCGAGGGAGGAGCUCGACUCGUUGCGGGCGGGGGACAUGAAUGGGUUUCACUAA